GCCUCCGAGCGGUCUCAGUGUGGACCAUGGAACCUCCUACGGGGAAGGCAGAGUCGCUGCUGCUGCUCGCGCCGGUCACCGCCCUGCAGUGUGUGGGGGACCGAGUUCUGGCAGGUGAAGGGCCUAAUCUUCUAAUCUAUUGCUUGGAAACUGGCGGGCAGCUUGUAGUAACCCAAUCUGUGCCAAGUGUCCUCUGUCAUUAUUACAUCCAUGGCAUCAGGGAACUUCAGAGCCCAGCAUCUACGCAGGCAUCAGAGACAACCUUGGCUGUCUUUGGAAGCAAAGGCCUCCGUGUGCUGACAUUGAGCUGGGGAGAGGAGGCAGUGAAGCUGACAUGGCUCUCUCAGCUUUGUGAGCUUCAUGACUGGAUCUGGGAUCUUCACUGGGUCCAGGGCCCUGGAAAAGCCUCUUCUGCCCUGGCCCUAGCCCUGGGACACAACUCAGUGGUCCUUUAUGACCACCUUCAUCAGCAGGCCUUGCAAGAGGUACACUGUGAUGAGAUAUGUAUUAUCUAUUCUGCUUGCUUGGUGGGGAAGGACUGGCAGGAACUGGUGCUGGUUGCUGGAACUGUCUUUAACCAGCUUGUGAUUUGGCACCCAGCUGACUUCACCAGUGAGGAAAGAAGAGUCAAAGUAGAAAGAAGGAUAAGUGGGCACAGUGGGGUCAUCUUCAGUAUCUGCUACCUGGAGAGCAAAGGCCUUUUAGCCUCGGCCUCUGAUGACCGGAGCAUUCGGGUCUGGAGAGUGGGGGACCUGAAGGCCCCUCACAGCUUAGUUCAGUGUGUCCUGGUAUGUUAUGGUCACCAGUCCAGGGUGUGGUCUGUCCAGCUCCUGGACAACUAUAUCAUUAGCAUUGGAGAGGAUUCAGCUUGCCUUGUAUGGAAUUACGUUGGUGAAAUAGUUCAGACCUUUAAAGGGCACAAAGGUCGUAGCAUCAGGGCUGUGGCUGUCCACAGAACACAAGCCUGGGCAGUCACAGGUGGAGCUGAUUCGGGCAUUAGACUUUGGCCCCUUAAAGGCGACAGGCUUCUGGGCAACAGUCUCUUACCGCUCGGCUUUGGCUCAUUGACAAAGAAGGGAUCUCCAAAAGCCUUAACUUUAAUCAGUCCUUCGUGGCUUCUCGUGAUGACUGAUGUUGGAGCCGUGUAUCUUUAUGACUUGACAGUUAAACAGUGGAAGUUCAUCUUGGAUGAUAUCAAUUACCAGUCCUAUAAUUUGCUGGAUGCUGUUCAGCUACCUGGUGGUAGUGUGAUAUGUGCACUAGGGAACCUAGAGGGUCACGUUAAAAUAUUUCCCCUCCACUACCCACAAGAGGCAAAGGAACUGAAGAUUUAUAAGGGGAAAGUUCACAGCCUGAACUGGGUCACACGCCAGCCCCAGGAUCCAGAAAGGAAUGAUUUCUGCUGUGCUCUUUUUGCUUCUGGCCCGGAGGGUGUCUUGUUGUGGUUAGAUGUCUCAUUCUGCCCUUUAGGAAGGGUGGACAAGGUGGUGGAGCAACGUCGCUAUAUCCUGCCGCUCUGCAAACAAAGGUGGCACACCUGCCUCACCUUCUUACCCCAAGGGGACUUCCUCAUUUGUGGUGACCGCCGGGGCUCUUUGCUGUUGUUUCCUUGUGGAGAGGCCACUGCUGAACCAAGUGGGGAAGAGGUAGGAGGAAGGGAGAAUGGCAGCAAUGCUGACAGUGAUGAGGAUUGUGGGUCCAAUGAUUCUCUCACCCCUGAGGAGGGAGCUCCUGUGGAUGUUCUGUUUGGGAUUCAUGGGAAGCAAGGUGUUACCUCAGUGACUUACCACAAGGGUUAUGUCUAUAGUACAGGCAGGGAUGGCUCCUUCCAACAGCUCCGUGUGCAGGGCCAGCGGCUUCAGCCACUGUGGAAACAAAAACCUUGCAAAGGCAUGGACUGGGUGGCUGGGCUCAACUUUGCCCCUGAUGGAAGCCUACUUGUCCUUGGCUUCCAUUCCACUGACUUUGUAGUCUGGAGCCCAAGGACCCAUGAGAAGCUUCACAUAGUACCCUGUGGUGGAGGCCACCGUUCAUGGGGCUAUGCCCGCACUCCAGCCACCAUGGUUUUUGCCUACAUCAAGGCUGGGGAUGUCUUGGUGUAUCAGGCUCGGGAGGAGGGCAGCUGCUGCCAAGCAGUCCUGAAGGAGUCCCUGCAUGGCCGAGAACUCACCUGCGUGAGGUAUAUUGGAGCUGUGAGGACUCAAGAGGGGGGUGACACCAUUGACAUUCUGGCCACAAGUAGUGAAGACACAACCGUGAACAUCUUAGCUUUUGUAGCUGCUUCCUCCACAGUAUUUUUGCUUGCCACCAUCAAUAACCACAUCUCCAGUGUUCGGACCCUGGCAUUGUGUGAGGCAGAUACCAAUAGAGGAGAGCCAGCGGCAAGACUCCAAAGCCUCCUUUUCUCUGCUGGCGGUAGGGCCGAGAUGCAAUGCUAUCAACUUCUGGUCACUGUAGACCUCAGUGCCCCGGGAGGCCUUACCUGCCAAGUUACUCAUCUGAUUUCUCACCGGUUAGAUGAGCUCUGGGACCGCCAGAAGAACAAGCACAAGGUUAUCAAGAUGGACCCUGAAACCAGGUACAUGUCCAUUGUAGUGGUGACCAGUCCUCAGCAGUCUAGUCUUGGGCUUGUCUUGGCUGCAGCCUGUAGUGAUGGAUCUGUGAGGCUCUUUCUCGUGGAUGAAUUAGCUGGGAAACUACAGCUCUUAGCGGAGUCUUUUUACCAUCAGCGCUGUGUCCUGAAGAUCCAGACGUUGACAUAUGAGGCAGGGACUGGAACAAGAAGUGUGGUCCUGUGUACUGCUGCCACGGAUGGAAGUGUUGCCUUCUGGGACAUCACUGCUACCUUAGACCAUGCCCUUAGGGUCAUGAAGUCACCAGAAGGAAUGCAGCUGCUUUGUGAUCUGGGACGCCCCUAUCUGACCAUCCAGGCACACAGCUGUGGGGUGAACAGUCUUCACAUAAGAGAGACUUGUGCAGGGCGGUAUAUGGUGGCCAGUGGUAGUGAUGAUGGAUCCAUCCACAUCUGCCUGGUUGCUGUUGAAAUGCCCCUUGUUCCGCAAGCCUUAUCACAAGAGGACAGGAAGCUUGCUCCAAAGACCUGUAUGCAUGUGAUACAGAAGUUUUCUGUGGUUUCUGCUCAUGCUGCCCAUGUGACAGGACUAAGGAUCCUGAGACCAGACCUCCUGGUCUCUGCCUCUGUCGACCAGCGCCUGACAUUCUGGAGCCUGGGACCUACUGGCCUAGCUUUUGUGAGCAGCAGAGUCUGCCAUGUGGCCGAUGUGUCUGAAAUUGACUGCUGGGCCAGCAAGCCAUGCAAAGGCUAUCACUGUGUCCUCUCUGGACAUGGUUUGGAGAUCAUUCACUGGACAGGGUGAGCAGUAUCCUGGGAACAGCUAGAAAAAUCCAGCCCAUGGCUGCACUUCAUGGAGACUUUGUCCCUGGCAAUCCCAGCCCUGGUUCUGUUGCUACUCCAGGCAGUGUGUCAAAUACUUGAUCCUGUUCAGUGAAGGAAUAAAAAAAGCUACAAUUGAUCCUGGCACCUAAGAAGCCUUAUUUCAUGGAGAGAACAAAGGUCUUUGAGGAUGUUGGAACAUAAGGACUCCGUUCGUUCUCUGGGAUAUCUCUUGGCUUACCUUACCAAAGAAAGUAUUCCCAUUCUCCCUUCACCCUACAGCCUGGGGGCCUAGCCCAAGAGCUCAACACUCUGCUGAAGAAAAACUUGAUUCUUCAGAAUCCUAUGCCAGAUGGGUGAGCAGGUAUUGCCUCUACCUCUGAAAGUAACCCUUGAUCCUCCAUUCAUUGCUCCCUCACUCCUAGGAGGAUGCGUUUGGACUAGCCUGCAAUCCCACAGCAGACUGUGGAUGAACUGUGAGAUCACUGGUCUCAAAAGCCCAGAUUAUAGAGCCUCGGGCAAGGUACUGAGACCAGAACUACAGUAAGUUCAGGGGCCACAAGGAUGAAAUGGAUGUCGGCUCAUUGGCUGAGAUUUAGAGGACAACUUCUCCUGGAUGUUUUUGAUGACCCUCAACCUGCUGGCUCUUCCUGGAGAGCCAGUGUAGACAAAAUGUAAGAGUCUUCCAGAAUGCAUACCUACCUCCCCCAGUGUCUGGCCAUUUAGAAAAGUGCUCUCCUGACUAUAUCGCACCAGCUGAUGGCACGGUUGAGUUGGGAAAUGGAAAAGGCCAGGGCUGGGAGAGGACGUAGACAGGCACCAAGCCAUAGGUGGAGACUGGAUGUGAAUUGUCGUAUCAGCAAGCCCUGAAGGCUCACUUUCAAUCAGUCUCUCCAGUAAGGAGACUUAAAAGAUGGUUGUUGAGUAAGACCAGUGGAGAAAGGGUGACUGGGAAGUAUAUUCCCCUCCACGCCACCCCUCCCCGCCCCCCCAAGCCCCUCAGACCUAUGGUUUACCUCUGUCCUCAAUGCCACAUUCUCUUGUCCAUCCUUCUCUCUCAAGAUCUCCCUUCCUCAGUACACCUGUAAGCUCUUUGAGGACAAGGACUGUUUUGUCUUCAUAUUCCCAGCACCUAAUACACUGGCUUGUGCACAUAUUUAAUAAAAGCUUAUUAAAUUGGAUUAC